CUCUGUCGGUAAGAUGGCGGCCGUGAGUCUGAGGCUCGGAGACCUGGUGUGGGGGAAGCUGGGACGGUAUCCUCCAUGGCCAGGAAAGAUUGUUAAUCCACCUAAAGAUCUGAAGAAACCUCGUGGGAAAAAGUGCUUCUUUGUGAAGUUUUUUGGAACAGAAGAUCAUGCUUGGAUCAAAGUGGAGCAGCUGAAGCCUUAUCACCCUCACAAAGAGGAAAUGAUAAAGAUUAAUAAGGGUAAGCGCUUCCAGCAAGCUGUGGAUGCUGUAGAGGAAUUUCUUAGAAAAAACAAAGGCAAGGACCAGGCAUCUUCCCAUAACUCCAGUGAAGAGAAGAAUCGUCGUAAUUCCAGUGAAGAGAGAGGCAAGCAGUCUGCUGGAGAAGAGAAACGCAAGGCCAGUUUGUCUGAAGGGAAGUCGAAGAAGGGCACAGGGGAAGGAAAAAAGAGGGUCUCUUCUGUUUCAUCAGAGAGAGGAUCAAAGUCACCUUUGAAAAGAGCCCAGGAUCAGAGUCCCCGAAAGCGGGGGCGUCCGCCCAAGGAUGAGAAGGACCUCACAAUUCCAGAAUCAAGUACAGUGAAGAGGGUGAUGACUGGAACAGUGGCUGGAUUUAAAUGGCCACCAAGCGUCAGUGAGCCUGUGAAGGACAGCGAUCCACAUUUUCAUCACUUCCUGCUGAGCCAGACAGAGAAGCCAACUGUCUGCUAUCAAGCCAUCACAAAGAAGCUGAAGGUUUGUGAAGAGGAAACAGGAUCCACCUCCAUCCAGGCAGCAGACAGCACAGCAGUCAAUGGCAGUAUCACACCUACAGACAAAAAGAUAGGAUUUCUUGGACUUGGCUUGAUGGGAAGUGGCAUUGUCUCCAACUUACUAAAGAUGGGUCACACUGUCACUGUCUGGAACCGGACUGCUGAGAAGUGUGAUUUGUUCAUCCAGGAGGGGGCAAGGCUGGGAAGAACCCCCGCUGAAGUUGUCUCCACCUGUGACAUCACCUUUGCCUGUGUAUCAGAUCCAAAAGCAGCGAAGGAUCUGGUACUGGGUCCGAGUGGGGUGUUGCAAGGGAUUCGCCCAGGGAAGUGCUACGUCGACAUGUCCACUGUGGAUGCAGAUACAGUGACAGAGCUGGCCCAGGUGAUAGUGUCCCGGGGCGGUCGCUUUUUGGAAGCCCCAGUCUCAGGAAACCAGCAGCUUUCCAAUGAUGGGAUGCUUGUGAUCCUAGCAGCUGGCGACAGGGGGUUAUAUGAGGACUGCAGUAGCUGUUUCCAAGCGAUGGGGAAAACCUCUUUUUUUCUAGGUGAAGUAGGCAAUGCUGCCAAGAUGAUGCUGAUUGUGAACAUGGUCCAAGGCAGCUUCAUGGCAACGAUAGCAGAAGGACUGACUUUGGCUCAAGUGACUGGCCAGUCCCAACAGACCCUUCUGGAUAUCCUCAAUCAGGGACAACUCGCCAGCAUCUUCCUGGACCAGAAGUGCCAAAAUAUCUUGCAAGGAAACUUUAAACCUGAUUUCUACCUGAAAUACAUACAGAAGGAUCUUAGAUUAGCUAUUGCACUGGGCGAUUCUGUCAACCACCCAACUCCCAUGGCAGCUGCUGCCAACGAGGUCUAUAAAAGAGCAAAGGCAUUGGACCAAUCAGACAACGACAUGUCUGCAGUGUACAGGGCCUAUAUCCACUAGGCUGCACCGUUCUUACUGUUAAUACUAUGAUUAUUGAUUAAUAUUAUUAUGAUACUGGGUUUUAACUCUGGACCAGUCCAUCUCUGUCUCUCCAUUUCCUUUUAUAAACAGACUUUGAGAUCUGCCACGGAGGCAGCUGCUGUGGUGAGCCUUCCCCUGGUGGCAGAAGGUGGGGAGGAGGGGGCUCGGAUUGCUGCAGUCUAAUUAGAAAAAUCCAUGCCAUGCACUGACAGUCAUGGAACAGAACAGUGGCGGCUUGUUCAGAAGCUCUGAGGCAACUCUGCCAGAAAUCUGCUGCUUGGCUGCUUUUAUUUUCCUCUUUGUAUGCUUGUCUAAGAUGCUGUUUCUAAUGAUCCCUUUUCUCCUUGCUGUGAAAUAAUGCGUGUGUUGGACCCUCUGCAUUAAGGAGGCAGGUGACAUACAUCCCAUCUACCUGUGAAUAUCAUUAAAGUCCUUGGUCCCAAGUAAGGUGAGGGGCAUUCCUGUUAAUCAGCCACUGGCAGAGAACAAAGCACCUCCCAUGGAGGAGAAUGGCAGUUCCAGAAGGUAAUGGGGUUGUAUGCAACACUGUCUUGAUUCUGUUUCUUUUUAAACUUCCACUUUCCCAGCACCUUGCUAGAGGAGUUCCUUGUGCUGUUAAGAAGAAGAGAUUGCAUCCAUGUCUUCCCCUGUACAGACAGCUAUAGCUUAGGGAACACAAACAUACUGAAAAUGAGAGAAUGCCAGUGUAAAUGAGCCUCCUAAAAGGCUAGUCACAUCUGCCCAUCCCACAUGCAGCACUGGAGGUCAGCAUGUUUGCAUAGAAAACUGCAAGAGAAAUGCAACCUAAAACUGGGCCAGAGAUAUUUUAUUUAGGGAAGGAACAAACCUUAGGGUUUCUCCUGGCCUUAGCCUGUGUUGCUUUACU